AUUUAGUAAAUUUUGUUUUGCUGGGAGCUAAAACUUCCGCUUGGUGGUGCUGAUUCUUUUUCCGGUCUAUGCCUUGUAAACAAGUUCUUCAACCAUGGGUAAGAGAAAUAAUAUGAUCCCUAAUGGACAUUUCCAUAAAGAUUGGCAAAGAUUUGUUAAAACUUGGUUUAACCAACCAGCCAGAAAAUUUCGUCGUAAACAAAAUCGUAUAAAGAAAGCUCGUGCUGUUGCACCAAGACCUGUGAAGCUUCUGAGGCCUAUUGUUCAUUGCCCAACAUUCCGUUAUCACAUAAAAGCUAGGGCAGGCAAAGGUUUUACCUUAAAAGAACUGAGGGCUAGUGGUUUAAAUAAAAAAUAUGCUAGGACUAUUGGAAUUGCUGUAGAUCCUAGAAGGCGUAAUAAAUCAGUCGAGUCUUUACAAAGGAAUACUCAAAGACUAAAAGAAUAUAGAUCCAAAUUGAUUCUUUUCCCACUGACUGUAGCCAAUCCUAAGGGUGAUGAUUCCACUAAAAAAGAAGUGAGACUUGCCACUCAAGUUAAAGGAGAAAUCAUGCCAGUGAGACACCAAACGCAUGCUAAAGCUAAGGCCCGUGUCAUUUCUGAGGAAGAAAGAAAGUUCUCUGCAUACGUAACUCUCCGUAAAGCUAGGGCUGAUGCCAGACUAGUAGGAAUUCGCGCAAAACGUGUAAAAGAUGCAGCUGAAAAUCCAGAUGAAGUAACUAAAGUUGCUAAAGACAAGAAGGCUAAGAAAUAAUGUGGAACUUCAUGUCUUUGUAUAAAUAUAACAAAUAAAUUCUCUAAUGAGAAAUAAAA